UUUCCGUCGUUGUGUCAGCGACUGGUCCGUUUUUGGUGAAGUUCGAGCUUUCCAAGGACAGCCCGCAUCGAUAUACAGUCCUUAUCUGAUACAACUGAAAAGGCAUCGUCUACGCCUUACCGUCCUCGUCACGUAAACUAUUUCGACGCAUGCAAGAGCACGGCGGUCACGUUCCCGAGGACAAAGUCCAGUACUUGGUGAAAACACCUUAUGGUCGGGGACUCGUUGUUAGGUCAAGGAUAGAUCCUCAUCUUGAUGGGACAAUAAAGAGCCGAGAACUCGAGUUGUUGGACUGGAAGAACUUACCUUCAGAAAACGAUACGAACAGCGCCUCCGCUGCGAGAUUAGUUCGCAGUGGGCCCGUGCGACCCGCCACGCUCUUUUCGUCCGCGGACUUUCCUUCGAUUGACCCGGAAGAGCAAAACGAUGUCGAAACUCCAUACGGUCGAGGUCGAGUAACCGCGAUGCGACCGGAAACGAACCAAGUAGUCGUACGGAUCUCGUCUUGGAGGCUGGCAGGUCGAUCGACUGUCACGUGCCACCUCAACAAGAACGUAGUAAAUGUAGUGCGAUCGAAACAGAUAUACGAAAUGUCGACUAUCGAAAAGAUUGAAUACGCCCAAGAACUCAAGCAGGAAGCGAACCGGCUAUUUUCCGGCAAACGUUACCAAGACGCUUUGCAAUUCUACGCCAAAGCAGUCGAUGCGGUUCGGUAUGUCCAACACAAGGCGGACUCCACCAACGAAAUGCGUGCGGAUUUGUUGGUUGUCAUGGUCACUUGUAGCAACAAUGCAGCAACUUCUUGUACCAAACUGCACCAAUGGGACGAAGCCGAAAAGUUUGCGCGGAACGCACUUGUUCUAAUGGAUGCGCUGGAAGACAAACACGGCAAACGAAUUCAUGGGAUACUGCUCAAGGAUGGUUUCCCCGAUAUAAAACUGUUUGGAGAAUGGCGAGUGAAGAGUUGCAUUGUGAUUGCACGUGCGCUGGCCGAAAAAAGUAGCACUGAGGACGCAAUUGCUUCUUUAAAAAAGGCGCACUCGUUCAUCGAAAAAUAUACAGGUGAAGAAAAUAUCAAAAACACCAGUUUACAAUCCUCCAUCAAGCAAUUGCAAAGCUUGGAAAGGGAAAUUAAAAAGUUGCACAAGGCUUGCUUGGAAAGACGCAAGGUGGAGCGAAAAAUGGAAAGGAAACGAGCACAAGCAAUGUUUGGAGCAAAAAAUGCAACGCCAAAAGAGGACGAAAAGAAGGAUGGCAAUUUUAGCAACAAUCCUUCUAAGUUACCAAAGCUAUCUGCUCCGGGGCUUGAAGAUGGUAACCCAGUGACAAAACAUAGUGCCAAAACAUGCAGUCCCUCUAUUCGUUCGGUUCGCUCGGAUGUCUCUGAAAAGAGUACGCAAUCUUUGCGAGGAGAUCUCAAGAGGCGAGUUAGCUUUGCCACCAAGAUAGACGAUCGAGAUGACGACAAGGACGCUGCGAGCGAUGUGCUCGAAUGGUAUCAAGACAGUGAAGUACUAAUCGGCCUGGCGAUCUUUGCUGGAAUGGCACUAACGACGUUUGUUGGACUCAACUACUUCCUCUUCUCCCCAAAACGCUAGUGACUCUGUCAUUAAAAUGAUGCUGAUAGAUAUAGUAUUGCAACUACCUGUAUACUUAAUAUCAACUGUGUAUUUGACUGUG